CGGGGAGGGGGGAAAAAAAAACGGCGAAGUGGGGCGGAAGUCACUGUACACCCCGUAUCGGCUGCCCAAGUGGGAACGGGGGCGGAAGUGCCCCUACGUCAGACGUGUGGGGCGGGCGGGGAUGUCUUUCCAGCGUCCCCGGCCGGCGUGGGUUGCGGACGAAGGAGCGGGGCCGGCCGCCGCGACGCUGACGUCACGGGUUUCUAGCAUGUUCUGACGGCGACCGGAUAAAGGCUCGAGGAGAGCGGCCGUGGGACGUUUUUUUGUCGGAGAGUAGCCGGCCUGGGCGAGGAGCGGCUGUUCAUUCUGGCUCUUCCCUUGGCAGUCUCGGCCAGCAAAAGGCCAAUUAGGGUCAUAAUAUAUUCAUACGCAAAUAAGUCUUUUUAAUUUUAUUUUGUUCGGUUUGCAUUGUCACCGGACCCUCGGUCCUCGGCUGCUGUCACGAUGGCCAAGUGGGGAGAGGGCGACCCGCGCUGGAUCGUGGAGGAGCGGGCCGACGCCACUAACGUCAAUAACUGGCAUUGGACAGAGAGAGAUGCCUCAAAUUGGUCAGUAGAUAAACUUAAAUCACUGUUGCUGGCAGUCAGUGUAGAAAAUGACGAGGGAGUGUGCAAAGUCACAGAGGUGACCAAGAGUGAUGGAGAAGCCUCAAUCAACAACAGAAAAGGAAAAUUGAUUUUCUUCUUUGAAUGGAAUAUUCACUUAUCAUGGAGAGGAACUUCAAAAACUGGAGUUAAGUAUAAAGGAACUGUGGAGAUACCAAAUCUCUCAGAUGAAAAUGACAUUGAUGAAGUGGACGUUAUUGUUGCCCUGGUAAAGGAUGAACCUGAGACGAAACUGUUGGAUCUAAUGAAAACUGAUGGUGCAGAUCAGAUCAGGAAGGCACUUGCCAACUAUGUUGACACAUUGAAAUUAGAAUUUACUCAAGGAAUGAUAUUGCCAACAGUUAAUGGAGUUCAGAAGGAACAGUCACAGUCUAAGCCCAAGAUUGAUCUGCAGACCAAGAUUGCUACAUCUCAGUUACCUUCCCAGACUAAAUCUGUUGGGGUGAAGAUUCCAACCUGCAAAAUUAACUUAAAAGAUGAAUUUAUGACAUCACCAGAAGAGCUUUACAAGAUAUUUAUUACAGAAGAGCUUGUCCAGGCUUUCACACAUGCAUCAGCUGUUGUCGAGGCUACCAAGGGAGGAAAAUUUCGAUUGCUUGAUGGGAGUGUCAGUGGAGAAUUUUUGGAACUGGUUUCUGACCAACGGAUUGUUAUGAAAUGGAGGUACAAGUCAUGGCCAGCAGAACACUAUGCGACUAUCAAGUUGAUGUUUUUGGGCAAGGACGAUGGAACAGAACUUCAAGUGGAAUGUAGAGGUGUCCCAUUAGGUGAGGAAGAUCAGACAAAAGCAGGAUGGCAGCGUUACUACUUUAACGGAAUUAAGCAGACUUUUGGAUACAAUGUACGACUGAUCUAAUGGGAUAGUUUCUCAAACCCAUAUCUAACUUAUGACUACAGAAAAGCUUUAGACCUUUGUUCAUUUCACUUCUCUGUUCAUCCUUUGUUUACGGUCAAGCCAGCCUGCAACUGAGGCUUUUAAGCAUCCAUCACACAGUGGUAUGUUUUCCAGCUGCUAAAUUCUCAUUCAGUAAAAGUCUUGGAAUAAUUUGGAAACUGGCCCUGAGCUGUGAAAUUUCAAAUUGCAUUUAAACUCCCCCUCGCACACUAUACUAGUGUGAAAUGCCAGUUCUGAGUCUUGAAUGGUACUGUACUUUGCUGUAAAAUUUUAGGUCUAUGAGUAAGUGACUGUUCUUGAACCAGAUUUUUCAAGGCAAGAAAUUUCCCCAAUUAUACUUCCAUUCCCUGAAAAAUUUCAUGUUUGUACCUGUGCAGAGGAAGUAAGAAAUGCUAUUCUGAUUUAACUGAAUAUGCUAAUGUGCCAGUGAAUGGAGCGAAUAAAAGUUAGGAGAAACCAAGUUAAUAGUUCCACGUUUGUUUUGUUGCCGUUGUAUGGUGUAGCAUUUUGGUGAAAGACCACUGCUAAGAAAUUGUACAAAACAGGUUGCUGUCUUCAACUAAAAAUGACCAUAACACAAAUUGCAUUGUCCUAAAAGAUAAGUAAAACUUGCAUUAGUGAUCACAGGAGAAGAAUGGAAUUUUCCUUUGCAAAUUCUGAUGGCAUUGGAAAGGCUCCAGAACUGGAUGCUUGCCAUUUUCUUUAAUUUAUUUUACACAAAAUUACUGGACAUUAGCCCUAUAUUGGCAGAAUCAGAGCAACUAUGCUCUUGGUCUCUGGCAAGAUCAAGUUUAUUUUAACAGCAUUAGAGCGGAAAUGAGAUUUACAAUUUAUCUGGUAGGAACAAAAUGCGCUGAAGGACAAGUGGGUAUUUUAAAAUAAAACAUUGGAUUGAGAUCUCACUGUUUAAAUUGUUCUGACACAUUACAGUCAGCUUUUAAUUAUCUCCUAAAACUUUGCCUUAGUUCAAAUGGAAUCUAAUUUGAACAAAAUGAGCAACUAUUUAAAGCUGUCCUAAAACUUGUUCAAGAUCAGUGCAUAGUAGAUGAGAUUUAUAAUUUUCUAGUGGUGAAGCCAUGGCAUUUAAAGUAGUAAAAUUGAGGGAAAUAAAGAACGAGACUCUUGUAAGGAGCAAAUGUUGGUAAUAGCUCAGUUGGGCAGCCCUAUUUCGAGAAUUGUCCAGUCACUUGACAAUUGCCAGCUCAUGAUCCUAUUACUGUCGUCUGGGUCAAGUUCUCAAUAUCAAACAUUGCUUUGUCAGAACAUUUCACUUAGUACCAUUGCAAAUAAACAGCUGAGCUGAUUAAACUGCAUGGUAGGCAUCUUGUGCAUCCUGCCUUUGUGGAAUGACAUUUUAAGCUUGAUCUGUUUUGUAGUUUGGGACACUGGACUGGCAUAUGAGUUAAACAUUGUACCCAGUGACUGUAUUUGUAUCAGAACAACUGCUGCAGGCUGGUUGUCUAUUCCCAUGUACAUUACACUAUCACAAGUUGCUUUAUUAAAUACAAUUUCUACUUAACCUUUGUGUACUUUUGUUUCAGUGAAUGUCUUUAAUUGAUGAAAUGUAGGCACCCAGGCAAUGUUAACUGAAUGAUUCUUAACGCAAAUGCUGAAGUUUCUGUUUGUAUAAAAAAAAGUGAAGUGAGGAUUACUGGGGUUGCUGUUUAUACCAAGUUGCUAAUAUUGAAUUAAUUAAUUCAAUUUGCAGUAAUCUGGACAUUUUAAAUACAUCAUCUGCAACAAUUUUAAAUUACUGAAGGAUAUGCUGAAAGCAUCGGUGGGGGGGUGGGGGAAUGCUGCACUUCCUAUUCUCUUUGAAAUUUAAUCCAUGACCACUUUUGAGAGUGGCAGUCUAGUAUGUAUUCCACUCUUAAGAUAAGGAAACCAUCCUGAGUUUGUCCUGAGGGAAAAUUUUGCCUGACACCUGUUGGAAUUCUUUGAAGACAUUACAACUAGAAUAGAUAAAGGGGAUGCAGUGGAUGUUGUAUAUUUGGUCUUUCAGAAGGCCUCUGACAAGGUACCACAGAGGAGGUUGCUUACCAAGUUGAGACCAUGGCAUUACAGGAAAGUUACUGGUGUGGUUAGAACAGUGGUAGGGGACAGCGGUAGGGAUAAAAGGAUCCUUUUCUGGUUGGCUGCUAGUGACUAGUGAUGUUUCACAGGGUCGGUAUUGGGACUGCUUUUUGUGCUGUAAAUCAGUGAUUCAGAUGAUGGAAUAGAUGACUUUGUUGCAAAGUUUGCAGAUGAUACAAAGAUUGGUUGAGGGGCAGGUAGUUUGAGGAAACCGGUAGGCUGCAGAAGGACUUGGACAGAUUAGGAGAAUAGAUGAAUGGCAAAUGAAAUACAAUGUUGGAAAAUGCAUGUUCAUUACCUUUGGUAAUAGAAAUCUAUGUGCAGACUAUUUUGUAAACUGGGAGAAAAUCCAGAAAGCAAAAGAUACAAACAGUUGUGCAGAACCCCCUCCCCCUAAAGGUUAACUUGCAGGUAAAUCAGUGGCAAUGAAGGUAAAUGCAAUGUUUCAAGAGGUCUAGAAUACAAGAGCAGGGAUGUGAUGCUGAGGCUUUAUAAGGCACUGGUUAGACCUCAGCUUGAGUAUUGUGAACAGUUUUGGGCUCCUCAUCUGAGAAAGGAUGUGAACUUCCUCUGAACCAUCUUUCAAGCCAGCACAAAAACGAGUCUGGGAAUAAAAGGGUUAUAAGAGGGAUGUUUGAUAGCUCUGGAAUUUAGAAUGAUGGGGUGGGGGGGGGGGGGGGAAGGACCUCACUGAAAUGUUUCAAACGUUGAAAGGCCUAGUCAGAGUCGAUAUGGAAAGGAUGUUUCGUAUGGUGGGUGAGUCUAGGACAAGAGGGCACAGCCUCAGGCUAGAGAGUAUCCAUUUAAAAACAUGCAGAGAAAUUGCUUUAGGCAGAGGGUAGUGAAUUUGUGGAAACUGUUAGCACAAGCAACUAUGUAGGCCAUUUAAGGCCGAGAUUGGUGAGUUCUUGAUUGGACACAGCAUCAAAGGGUGGCGGGGCGGGGGGAAGGCCACCUCACCCACAAUAGUGGCUGCAAUUCCAACUUAGCCAUCACUGGAACCUACAAAAAUCAGAAUGGAAACAAGUAUCUUAAGUGCUGACGGGUUGCUUAAACUAGUAGAACUGGACAAUGAGCAAAGCAAGCAUAUGUGUAAUGUUAUUGCAAUAGAAAAUGCUAACACUAGGCAAGUCUUCAAGGUGACAUGCAUUUCAAACAGUUAAUUUAAACAUCUUUUCAAAGCUUGGAAUUUUACAUUUCCCUUGCUUUGGAGUGUUUGUGCAUGAAUUGCAUGAGGUUUAUUUGCAGGUACCACAGGUUAUUAAGGCAAAUAGAAUGUUGGCCUUCAUUACUAGAGGGAUUGAUUUUAAAAGCAGAGUUUUGUAACAACUGUACAGGGUAUUGGUGAGGCAGCACCUAGAGUAUUGUAUGCAGUUCUGCUUUCUGCUUCAAAAUCCUGGCUUUAAAGAUGGUGCAGAUGUUUACUAAGUUGAUUAUGAAGAUGAGGGUUAACCUACGGGGUGUGAGAGUCACAUGAGACUGCACACGCAUGAAUUUAGGAAGUGAGGAGAUCUUACAAAAACAUUUAAAAUGAUAGAAGCAAGUUUGAACCAUUAAGAGGUCCGUGGACAGCAGGUUGGGAACCACUGAACUAGGUGAUGGCCUCAAAGUUCAGGGGAAUAGAUUGAAGUCAGAUGAGAACUCUUCCCAGGGAGUAGUAAAUCAGUGGAGGCUUAUUAAAUAUAUUUUAGACAUUAAAAAAAAAAAAUUUUUAAAGAGUAAGGAAAUUGAGUUAUGGGGAAAAGGCAAAUGAAUUACAUGGGCAUUUCAUUAUGUAAAAUUGGGUGUUCCACUUAAACUUGAGAUUAAAGAUUAACUUUGGCAUAUUGAGUUACAAAAGAUGCUACAUGAUUUCUUUAAAAUGGGACUGCCUCAAGCCAUUGUUUUUGAUAACAAAGGGGUUGUAUAUAGUCAGCAAUUCAACUUCAAGCAUAAGUAUGCCAAAUAAAGACAAAUGGAGCAAAUUAAGGCAGUUAAAGUUGAGUACCAACUUCAAAGGAACUUGGAUGAGUUUUCACAAAUCGACAUACAGAACUAAUGUUUAAGCAAGUUCAGUUAGUUUACAUUGCAAGUUUUACUUCAUUUCAAAACACCAAUGUUGAACACAGAUUUUCUAUAAUUGUCAAUACUUAUACUGUUUUUAAAUAUUUUAAUGAAACCCAAUAGAAGUCUUUCUAUAAUGCACACUGAGUGUGGGAAACAAUGGAGCGAUUUUUUUUUUACUAUUUAUGGAUGUUAUUUACUACAGUUGCUGCUAGUACCUACAUUCACAAAGAAUGCAGAUGCUGGAAAUCUGGAGCAGCACAAAAUGGAGGAACUCAGCAGAUAGCAUCGAUGGAGGGAAGUUGACAGUCACAGUUCACGGGGCCUUGUUUCUUCCCUGAAGGGUCUUGACCCUAAACACCAACUAUUCAUUUGCCUCCACAGCUGUUGCCUGGCCUGUUGCGUUCCUCCAGCAUUGUGUUGCUGUUGGUACCUCAAUGCCUCCUUUUAAAAAUCAGUAAACCUGCUGAACAUUUUUUUCUAAUGUUGCCUGUUAAAUUCAAAAUCGUUUAUCACUGUGCAGGUGUUUUGACAUGAACUUGCCCAAAGUAAAAAUAUGAAUCAAAUUGUAUCCAUGGUAUGGAGCUAAUUUUGAAAAUCCUCAAGUCUGUAAUAGCAUGGAGUUUAUUAGCUCUUAUUUACCCAGAAUGGCCAAGAGGCAAAAGCACAUAGCUGCUGUUAACAAGCUUCUCAACCACCCAUUAGAAUGGAAUCAUACUAUUUACCCUCUGUAUAUUUUAAUAAUAUACCAGUGAAAUAAAACAGUGUGAUCUGACUAUAUCACACACGUAACACCUUUAGAUCUAAACAGAAUCAUGCUUGAUGGUAAUAAGUAAAUGACAAAAUAGAACAAAUUAAAACAAUGCAAAUUUGUGCUAUGUUUUUUCAUUUUGUAUGAGAGAACAGAAAUACGGAAUGUAUUGCUUUUUUCAUGUUUCCAUUAAAAAUCAUGUUAUAUUAAAACAAUAUGAUGUAAACUGAUGAAAUUUACCUACCUUAAUGUACGUACUGAUGUAGAAGUGGAAACCUUGUACAAUUUUGCCAAACUCAUAAGGAAUACAGAGGCAGUGAAGAAGAAUCAUCGCAACUCAUACUAGCCUAUCAGAAGGGCAAGUGGUAGAAGUGUCAAAUCUUCAUACCAAUGCUAUGUAAAGGGGUAUUUAAUGAAAAGAUUGCAACAAGGUUCAUCUUACAACUACUUGACAUUACUGGAUAAUGUAACCCUGUUCACUGGCACAGCACUCACCAGCUUUUUAAAAAAAAACAACAAAAUUAAGCAAGGUUUUCCACUUGUCUUAAUAAAAUUUACCCCACAACUGAAAGAAAACUUUGUUUGCAGUUCCUUCCCUUCAGAAUAAGAAAGCAUGCUUUGGGUAUUACAAAACACUAAAAUGACAUCAAGAUCAAGAGUGGUGAAGGAAUAGUAUAAAGAGCUGGAGGUAAAAGAUGGCCCAGUAGUUGAUAGGCUGAGAAUGAAGGAUGGCAGGAAGAAUUAGCCCAGUAGGAGACUGAAGGGAUUGAGUUGGGAAGGUGGAUAGUAGGUUGAUGAAGUUCAGCAAUAAAGCCUUUUCUAGGUGUAUGUACACGGAGUAUAGAUCAGUAUAUAACUUUGAGAAGUUAAAUUUUGUAUUACAACAUGCUGUAGAAUACAAGAGGGAUACUAUUGUGUUAGCUGUUCUUUCAUGGGUGCUUCUAGACUAGCUGAAUAUCAUUUUUCCAUCUGGAUUUUUGUUCUUGAAAAUAAAAUCACUUUUUAAAAAAAUCUAAUCUCAGUUUGACUGGGACUCUAGAAUUUAUAGGCAUUACUCUGAAGGAUGCCUCAGCUGCCAAGAGUGGUCAUUUCAUUGUAUAAAAUUCAGCUGGUAAUCUCUCGUCCCAAACAUGUUCUGUAAUGUUUCUGUGAAAAGUUGUGAUAAAGCACAUUUGGAAUAACACUGGGAUUCUACAGCACAAGAUGUCUCCAACUUCUGUGGUCCUCUGCUUCUAUUAAACUCAAACAAAAUGGGGGCAAAAUUUUCUGUUCACUGCCUCACCCUACACCUUUGUCCUUCAACCAAUUUGUCAAAAAUAAGCAGAGAAAAAGGAGACUCAGUGACCAGAGAUCAAGCAAUCCAGUGUGCAUGGGGGAUAGAGAAGGAAAUAGUCAAAACUUGUGCAAAUAGAGUGCAUUACCACAAGUAGUUACCUAGCAAUGAAAACCAGCUAUCUUGUUGCUAAUGAUAUGAUUUGGUGUUACUCUUUCCAAAAAAAAUGCUUAUUAUUUAGUACACACAUGGACCAGAGUGGCACUACUAACAAAAAAAAACUUAAAGUCCUGCUGUAUUUAAUAUCACUCCUCACAGAGGAAAAUCGAAUUGUUGAAAAUUUAAAGAAAUGAUAGUAAAUAUUUUAUGUAUUAGCACACAAGGCAAUUAAAACAAAGUACAAAACAUGAUAAUGUCACAACAAGCUCAUCAUUAAAAUGCAACUACUGACUAAUUUAUCGAAUCUUAUUUAUUAAAAAAAGUCAACAUUUCUAUUCUAAUCUUCUUAAUUACAACCUGUACAAGUUUGCUUUAAAAAAAAAGAAGGGAGGUACUCUGAAUAGCAGGAGGUUGCAAGUUUAUGUAUACUUGCAAUAUCCUGCCAAAAAAAGCAUUUCUAAUACAGUGUAACACAGUUAAAUUACACAGAUUUUUUAAACAAGACUUUCUGUACAAGUAUUGAAAGACAAGACAGUUCAUAGUCAACUUCCCAAAGCAAUAAACAGAAUCAAAAAAUGCACACAAGAGAACCCAAUUUGCACAGGCGCACACACUGUGAAUAGAAUACUAGUACUGUAUUAUGCGUGUAUAACCCAAUAUUAGUGAGACCAAGGUAGAUUAUUUCCAGUGACUGCCACAAACACAAAAUUAAUCCCAGGUUAUGCUAUCACCCUUCCUGAUAGCACAUCUUGACUGAGACAAGAUACAGAGAAUGAGGCGGAGGUAGGGGAGAAGAUGCAAUGUUUUAAAAAUAGUAAUUACCAAAUUUGCUUCUCUUGGACAGGGCUGUAUUGAGACAAAAAAGCUUAGUUGAUUAUCCAAUUCAUGAAGACUCAAAUCUUUUUAACAAGAAAAGGCACUAAGAGACAAAAAUAUUCCAUCUGUUGUGUUGACCAAUUCACCUGCAGACCUAUUGGCUAAUUCAAAAAGUCGAGGUGCUGAAGUGAAAAUACCUGCAUGAAAAUCCAUUUAAUGUCAAUCUAGCUUGUCUGCAAAGAGAUUUAGAAUGUCUGAAUAAAAGAUACUCUUGGACUAAAUACUAACAAGCUGUUAGAAUUUUUUUUGAACAGGAUAGAGAGUUGACAAAUACCUGUACAUUACUACAUGUGCAGCAGUACCACAGAAUGUUGUGCAAAGACAAACUAUGGACUUGCUGCGUUCACAAAUACGCAUCAAGGGAGAAAGAACAGGCCUCUCCUUUUAAUGGGAAUGAGAACAAUAAUAAUGUCGCAGCUCUCAGUGAGUUCACAGCUAACUAUACAUGCGGGGAAGGAGCAGGAAUUACCACAGGAAUAACUCAAGCUGUAAAGGAUCCUUCAAAAUGGAAGUACACAAGACAUGCUCCAAUAAUUCAAAAGUAAACAUCAGAAAUACUGUACUAACGAUGCACAACACUGGGCUCCCUCUCCUGUCAGAACUGAAAGGAAACGCCACCAAAGCUGAAUGGAACAUUGCAUACGGAACCAAGUGAAACAAGGGUUUAUACUAGUUUGUUUCUUCAAAGCAACCCCUCUUCCUUAAUCAAAAUUACCCCAUCAUUUCCUUCUGUAGCUCAAUUAACCCUUUAAUCAGAUGAUUUAAUACUGUAAGGUAGAGGAAUGAAUUGGUAAGCAACUUGAGUAUUCCCAUUUUUCAAAUCCAGGCAAGCAUUCUUUCUCCUGGCUACGAAUACCAGGGUUUCUGUCAGUAAUAUUCCCGUUGCUGUCACCACCCAAAAAGAAAUAACACGUGUGAAUUGGAAUUAUAAACUAUUUUGACUGCAGAGUGAAUGUGAAGUCCAAGUGGUGCAAGAAGAGGACACAGGAUAAAUUGAGACAGAAAAAAAAACUGCAGCAAGAAGUACAGGUCACAACAUACCGAUGAUCCACUGAUUCCUUACAGUUCAAUGUGUGCAAGGUGUUCACACACAAGAUCAUGAUCCGGGGUUCGACCACGCAAGGUAGGGAGGAAAGGGUGGGGAACCACUGAGAGCAGAAAUGCUGAAAACGAGGCAGGAAGCAGGGCGAGGAACACAAAGACAUGGGGGGGGGGGAUUGAGAUGAUUGCGGGUGAGGGGGAAGACAGAAAGCAGGGCAGGGGGUGAAUGUGUCAAGGGCACAAGGACGAAGCCAGGCAAAUGCCAAAACAGACAAUGAAGAAGAAACAAGGUCCAGGAUGGUGUGCAAUGGAAUAAAUGAAAUACCACACCUCUCGUGAGACAGAAACCAGCUCCACCCACAUAGCUGAGCCCCAGUACCAUCUCUCAGCAGGAGGAAUGUCUCCCAACACUGUUUACACACGCACACACAGAACUAAGUGUUGCACAAAAACCGGCACAUUUGGCGUCGAGAGAACGGAUACUCCUAAAAAAAACUGAAGUGCUGAUACGUUUUAAAAUAUCCAUAUCCUUACCCCAACCUUCUGUCCUCACUGAGCAGAACCCUUUCAAACCCAGAAGGAGACACACUCAUUCCUCUCCACAAAACCUACCUUUCUUCCACAUAGUCCCCAGACAACACAACACCCUGUUAACCAGGAGGCACAGCCCGGCAUGUUCUCUGAAUGAGGUUGGGGGAGGCUGGCGAAGAAGGGUUUGAGGCUAGGCACAUGCUGAAAACUUCACAGCAUGUAUACAUGGUUAGCAUGAGCAGGUUAUAAACUACACCAAGUCCAUCUCUAUCCUCAACUCGAGCCCUCUCAGACACAAUGAACAACUCCACUAACCAAUCCUCUUUUAAAUCACACCCCCCCACCCCAAUCAUUCUGAGUACUUGUGCAAAUGAAUAACUUCCUUUCCGGGCCCCCCCACCAACCACAACCCACC